CAUGUUUUCCUCUGCUAUAAAAACCCCUUCAGUUCCCCACACCUUCCAUAUCAUAUCAUUACCUAACCCCUUCAGAAAAUCAAAUAUAAUAUAUAGUCCUCUGUCUCCUCUCAAUUCCCACUUGUUCCUGCAAUGGAGAGAAGCCAACCAAGGAGGCAAGUUGCUGCCAUGAAACAAUCCCUUUUUGAUCAGGGAUUAUUGGAUGAACAAUUUAUCCAGUUGGAAGAAUUAUCAGAUGAUGCUAAUCCAAACUUUGUUGAAGAAAUUGUCACCCUUUAUUAUCGUGAUUCAUCUCGCCUUAUCUCAAGCAUAGAGCAAGCACUGAAGGAAAGACACACAUUGGAUUUCAACAAAUUGGACACACUUAUGCAUCAGUUCAAAGGAAGCAGUUCAAGCAUCGGAGCCAAAAAGGUGAAAGCAGAGUGCACUCUCUUUAGGGAAUAUUGUAGGACAGGAAAUGCUGAAGGAUGCAUGAAGACCUUCCAACAAUUGAAGAAAGAAUAUGCUUCACUUAGAAAGAAACUUGAAGCUUAUUUUCAGUUGGCUAGGCAAGCUGGACCCAUGGAAACAGCAUGUCGUCCAAAAUAAAAACCAAUCAUGUUGCACGUAUAUUAAUAAUCAGUCAUAUGUAGAAAUAUGUAUAUUGAAAAUAUAUGAAAUAAGAUAUGUAAAUAUACAUAAAUAUAUGAUGACUGGUUUUUAAUGUACAUAUAAUAUUUUUGAAUAAAAAAGAAAAAGAUCAACCAAGAAAAUCAGGAGAUGAUAAGGGCAAAUGUAAUUGGUGAAUUUUGUAACAUAAAAAAAAAAAAUCACCAAGAAGCUAAGAGUAGGAAAGUGAUGUUGGCUCCUCUAGAUAUUUGGUUUUCCAAAUAUCAAUUUUGUUUUCGAAUGUUGUAGGAAUCUUGUUCUUGUACUUUAUACUAUACUAUAUAUAUAUAUAUAUACAUGGUAUUAUAAUGUUAUAUUAUUCCAGCCUGGAAACUAUGCUAAUGUCAUCCGAAUACUC